AUGCUACGGCGUUACGCGGGCUACUUGUUCUUACCCAUCUUUGCCUUUGUCGUGAACCAUACCCCAAGUUUCGUGUGGGUCCUCAUCGACUUCGUGCUAGAUGUGUGGUUGUUCUGGGUCCGAAAAUUAUACCACUGGCAUACUCGUAAGGAUAACCUUAACGAGGCACUUAAGCAGCUCAAGUCUGUUGAGAACUAUAAUGAGUGGAAGGCUAUCGUUACUGAGGUGGAUAGGCUUACCAACAUGGAUAUAUGGAGACAAAACUUCAUCUCCAAGCAUUAUGAUUACAUGCUCGUGAACGAGCGGAUGAGUUUGCUUCGUGAAGCUAGACUCAACGAGGAUGCUUCUCUUUUGAUGUCUUUAUUGCGUUCCGGGCUUCUCCGCAACUUUGGAGGUAUUGCUCAGAAGCGUCUCUACACUAAGGCUUACUUGGGGACGAAGUUUAAGAUUCAAGAAUACAUCAUCGAGGUGCUUGACUGCCUCAACUAUUUGAAUGACUCCAUUCACGCCGAGAGGGCUAGCAAUGACUAUAUCAUGAACAGCAAGCAGCUCAAACUUGACUUCUUCCAUGACGCUAGGCAGUCGUUUGGAUGUACAGCACUUAUCUUGCAAGGUGGAUCUCUCUUUGGCUUAUGCCAUAUUGGAGUGGUACGUGCGUUGUACUUCAAGGGUUUGCUUCCUAGAGUUAUUGGCGGAAGUGCAGUGGGUGCUGCUGUUGCGGCUUUGGUGUGUUCUCUUACUGAUGUUGAACUCAUUCCUAUCUUAGUGUCUAUUACCGACGUUAUGGGCAAUGUUGAUACCCUCAAUCAUGACGUCGAUGAAAGAUAUGGCAACGUUAUCGAGAAUGUCGUCCGCAAAGGUUACUCCCAAGAUAUUCUUGUCUUCUUGAAGUUUGUGAGAGACACUAUUGGCGACUUGACCUUUGAAGAAGCAUAUUUGAAGACUGAGAAGAUUCUUAAUAUCGUUGUUCACCCAACUCAUCAGUCUAUCCCUUCGUUACUCAACUACAUCACGGCCCCUAAUGUUAUUAUCUGGACCGCUAUUUAUGCAUCGAUUGGAACCGGUGUCCUUUCAGACAGCGUCCAAUUAUACGUCAAGGACCUCAGGAACGAAAUUGUUCCCAUGGCUCCUGAAUUAGACAUUUCCUUCUUGAAGCCUCAGGAUGUCAGCUACCAACAGCACUACUUUGGCCAUAAGAAGAAGAGCCCUGAGCAAAGCUUGUUUUCUGCCCCAACGGAGAACUCGCCAUAUACUAGACUUACCGAGCUUUUUAAUGUCAACCACUUCAUUACAAGUUUGGUGAGGCCCUACCUAGCUCCACUUAUCAGCAAUGACCUCAAGCAUCACAAUGCGUACGGAAAAUUAAGAUUCAGUGAUGAUGCUCUUAAUAUUUUCUGGAAUGAUGAAACAAAGAAGCUCGAGAAGCCAAAAUCCUCCGCUUCCCACAUAGAUGUGCUUACAAAAGACUCUUCCUACAACUUUAGAAAACACUUGAAAAAUGUUAUUGGUCUUGAGAUUCAACAUAGACUUGAUGUUUUGAACAAAUUAGGUCUUUUACCCGAGAUCGUGAAGCGCCUUUGCAUCGACGAAAAGCCUUCAACUGCCAAGUUCUCGACAAAUUCUAGAGAGAUCACAAUUGUCCCGGAAUUGAGAUACUUACUUCGUGACAUUGGCAGGGUCUUUGAUGUGCACAAGACUAUGGAGAAUAUUCCAUAUUGGAUUCUUAUGUUCGAUUGA